AUGGCUGUCGAUGAAGAUUUCCUCUUUCAAAAUCUUCAGUGUAGUGCGAUCUGUUUGGCUAGACUCGACAAGGCCACGUUGGAUCAAGUCAAAAAGCGAUUGUUAGAGAGUGUGAAUGGUGCUGGGCUUGAAAAGAUACCGCUGAAUCAUUUGGUGAGAUGCAGACUUCUGGCCACUGGAAUUUAUUUGCUGUACGCGAAUGGAAAGAUAGCUUCUAAAACUAGCACACUAUCCAAAUUGCAGUAUCUGGAAGAGUUACUGCCGAUCUUGCUCAAAGCGUUUGUUUUAUUAUCCGAACUGAAAUGGGUCGACGAUGGAGUGGCCAACAAAACAGAUCGAGUGCCAAUUCAAGAGCAGUUCGCGUUCUGUUUCAAUACGAUUCUCAGUGAGCUAGCUGCACGAUAUCCGUCAGUUCGCGAUCGCAUUGUCUCAGUUCAACUCGAAGUGUUCGCGUGUAUCACCGAUACGAUUGUUGAGAUCUGUGAAAAGAAACAGCCACUUUUACCAUCUAAAGUACAUCUGAUGAAGAUGAUCGCAUUUUUGAUUGGCCUGAUGCGUUCAUUUGCGAGAUAUAACGCCGAUAAAGAAUCGCCACUCAUAUCAAAGAUAUAUCCAAUACCAUUCCGUCUCACCAAACGAAACGAUUUGGCGUCUGCUGCUGAUGGUGAUGCAAAUAAUGAUGGUAUUAAAGCACAACCGUUAUCAAAGAGCGCUUCCAUUCACAUCACUUACAGAAGUAAUUCGAUUCGGUUGACAACGGAUUCUGAAAACUGGUUUUGGAAUGAUGAUCGAUUGAUCGUGGAGAAGGGUGACACCACAAAUGAUCGCUAUCGAAAACUGUUCUCGAAGCAUGGAAGUAGCUUUUUGAAUGCGACCACUCCCAUUCGGGACGGUGAAGAUGUGGCGUUCAUGUUGAAUCCGAAAGAGUUGGAUGCCUUAUCGGAUACGAUUCAACGUCUGUUAAGAAAACCGAUUCUGUCAGUGAUGGACAUACAUGCCACGGAUGUUUUCAUGGCGGGCAGUAUCAAACGAUUCCCGUACAAAACGAUCUCAGAAUGUUUAUUGCUGGUUUGUGUGGCAUUGCUCAGGGAUGUUGUACAGCCCUACAAUAUGCUCGAUUCAAAACGAGCGCUCUCAGAGAAAUUCGCGAAAGAGAUGAACGCGUUCGUGACCGAGUUGCUGAAACGUGCUCAAGAAGAGUUGAACGCACAGAAGACAAGCGAUGACGAGAAGAAGAACCGAAUGUCGGCGGGUCAGAGUGAAAUGGUGAUUAAUCGAACGAAGAUGUUGGUUGUGGCCAACUCGAUUUGUUUGCAGUUGAUCGUUUGGGCUGCACUCGAUGAGUUCGAUGCGGAAAUGUUGAGUUCAACGAUUGCUGAACGAAUCUGGCUGCAUCACGGCCAUCGUCACGUUCUGACGCAUAUGCCGUUGAGUAUGAUGGCACUCGAGUCGCUGGGCAGUGUCGCUGUCAAGUUCCCAACGAUAGCCACAACGAUAAUCGUUCCAGCGCUGAUUCGCUUCCUUCUCGAACCCUCACCGGUUCUGUCGAAACUGGCCACUGAGAGCACGGUCGGAGAUCGACGUAAUGCGAUUGAAACGGACCGUCGGGAAGACGAUCUGGCCGCGCGUCGUAAGCAAGCGCUCGAAAGUCUCCGCUCGGCUGCUAUCCAGUCGAUGUGUAGGGCACUUCGUUCUGCGAUGACCGUCGACAAACUGUGCGUUCAAGCGUGUCUCACAACAGUUUCUACGAAACUUUUCCUUUGUUCGAAUCCAGAUUCCACUUAUGGAUCGUCAUUGGUACUGGAAAAUGCAAUAAUGAUAUUGGGUGGUAUUGGCGUUGGCCUGGUCGAUGUGCCGAACGUUCAACAACUCGUUUUUAAUAUAUUCGCACAACGAUUCUCAAAACCAACCACAUCGCUUGAUGGUCAGAUAAUUAACGCAUUAGCCAAUAUGUGGAUUGCUGGAGCGCGAGAUAUCUACGAGUUGAUUUGGUUGUUGUUCACAAAGAUUACGGUCGAAUCGAGCAAUCGAGCGUAUUCCUCUACGGAAACAUCGACCGGUGGUGAGCAUCGAUAUGCACACGUCUCGUUGGCAGUGGAUACGGCAUUAGCACGAAUGGCUGAAAACGUGAGCAAUGAAGAGGAUAAGAUGACGCUGCUCUACCGAUUGCUGGAGUUGUUCGUGCAACUCGGUCUCGAGGGUAAGAAGGCUGCUGAACGAAUGGCAAAAGCGACACUUAAGAUGUCGAAUGUGGCGGGUAAUCUCGGUGUGCUAAUACCAAAAAUCGCAGCGUUGUUGCGUCGAAUGGGUACCAUUAGCAGUCCGCCAAUGAAGCUGAGGAAUUUGUUCCGUGAUUUUUGGCUGUAUUGCACUCUGAAUGGAUUCGACGUUGCUGAUUCGGGUUUAUGGCCUGGAGAGUGGUACGAGGCAGUGUGCGUGGUUGCAAGUAAGUCACCGGUUCUGAUCCCACACGAGAGUCUUCGCGCUGAACUGGUCGCAAAUGCUGCGAUUAAGAAUGACGCUGUCACUGUGUUGGAACUGCAAGAGAUUCGCAAUACGAUUCUGUCGGAGAUGCAGCCGUCUGCUGAUGUGAUAGCGCUGGUGAAUAAGAUGGACUUCGCGCAGUGCAUCUAUUUGCUGUCCGUGUUUCGAAUGGAACGUAUGCGCGUUGUACACUCCACACAACCCGAAGCCGUUCAUUCUAUUUUUAUAUACCUUGAAAAUGGAUUGAUUCGAAAAGAUAAAAGCGCCAUGUGGACAUGUCUUCUGUCGGCUGCAACGCUCAUAUUUUUCGAGUAUUUGAAGCGAGCGAAGAAUUUGAGUUUGGAUAAAGCGUUGGAGAAAGGACUCGAAUAUCAUGCGCAGUUCUUAUUGGUCAUGUUCAAUCAUAAUCUCAGAGAGAUUAGACGUUGUGCAGAUACGUGUCUGAGCAGACUUGUGGACACAUUCCCGCAUUUACUGUGGAACGGACGAGUGCUGAGUACGGCACUGGAGUUACUUGAGGCACUGUCGAAUAACAUCGACAAUGAUAUUGAAUGCAUCAACACAACACUCGUCAUACCCUCGCUUGAGUGGACAAUACAGUUGCAGGAUUCGUUAGAUCAACGCAAGCUGUUGGUUCAAGACUUUACACAGCGGUGCAAACAGAUUCUGCAAGAGGCCAUCCGCUGGGCACCGGGCAGUACGAGAAGUCACUUAGUGGAAUACGUAUCCAAUUCAGUCUCAACAAGCAAUAAUAGCUUUCGUCUGACCAUUGAGGCGGUUCUAAGGGACAGCGAAUGUUGUGGUGAUUCGGUUGUUGAAAGUGAUUCGUCGUCGAAUCCUGGAGCAUCAAUCUAUCUGACAUCGUUGCAUUUGCGAUCACUGUAUUUGGGACAGGUUGGUGCUUGGUUGAUUGUUAGCAGUGUAAAAGGAAUGCUGGCAAUGUGUAAACGAAAAGACGGUGUAGGAGCUGGAUUUCAACUGAUUGAAAGUCUGGAGUGCGAUUUGGAUAGAGCGUGUGAGACGGGUUGUGAUGAGGAAAUGACUGAUGCCGUCAUGAAAUUAUCCGCACUGUUCAUUAUUCUGAAAGAGCUGAAUCUUCGAUUGCUGCAUACGAUCGUUUGGGUACCAUCUAGAAACUUCACAGCCUCAACGAUGCGUUUGUGUGUGAUGUGUUGGAAUUGGAUUUUGGUCGCAAAAGAUGACAUUCACUCAUCGUUUCUGCGUGAAAUGGCCAGUUGCUGGACGAGUAUCGUGCAGAAGGAGUGCGGUUUAUUCGAACGUGAUGCAGCAAUCGUAUCGCCUUUGAGUGUGCAAUACUCAUCACGACCAAAGUCGCCGUUUGUUCAGCCACAUUCGAUUUGGAUUGAUUUUCUUUGUGAACGUGUCGGUGUAGCGAAGUAUUCGAACCGUGAGCAGUUGGACAUUCUCGAGAUGAUGUUCGUUCAGUCGUUGUCCUUAUGGGUUGGACAACAAACAGCUGCACUGAGCAUCGCAGUCUCCUCUCCGACCACCCUUCUGCAACAACCGAGUUUGAUCGGUAGUAACGGUGCGGUGCGUUCUGCUGAUAUUUUGAGUGUUGCUGUAAAUGUUACGAUUUCAGCAUCGAUGAUGUCACGUAGCGUUGAAGCAGUCGGUGUUCGCUUUCGUUUGCUCACUUGUGUGCUGUCGAUGAUUCAGGGCGAUUCGCUGUCGAGUCGUCUCUCGAAGAAUGUGUUACGACAACGUGUCUAUGCCGCAGCACUGGACUACUUCACAGUGGCGCCUCAAACACCCACUCAGAAUGCGACGCAGCUGCGUAAUGAUAUACGAUUGUUGAUCGCAUUCUGGAACACAUUAUACGCGGAUGUGAAAUACAUUAAAAAAGAAAUGUUCGCAAGUGUUGAAGUUGACCCUAAAAUGCUCUCUACACAACAAAUUCUUGAUGAUACCUACAAAAGCGAUACCACUAUGCUAAGCAAGUCGCAAGAAUUGGUUUUUCGUUCCUUUUCGACUUCAUCUUCUGAUUCGUCUUGUGAUCGAUGUGUUCCUUUCAGUCGUGCAGACGCCCAAACAUGGCACGCUGCCGCAAGUACAUCAAUGAAUUGGGUGACUGUUGUUGCAUCGCAAGGAAAAGCGAGUGCUUUGCAGCGAAGCACUCUGAGUGCUGAUCCACGACGGCGUGAUCCGCAUGGAGAAGUGGAAAAGCAAGUGAAAAUAUAUAAUAAACGGAGGAAUCUGAUUCUUGCAUUCACUGCAAACGAAAUCGAACGGCUGAGUGUUUGGUUGAAUCCAUUAUGCGAGAGUAUGGAAGAGGGUGAGGCAGUGGUGGAUCAGUGGCGUAAGAACACAUUUCCGGAUCCACGCACCGAGCAACGACUCAUGAAAGAGAACGUGAAGUUGGCCUGGGAGAUCAGUCCUGAACUGGCUGUCUACAUGCCUGAAAGAUUCCGUACGUGUAUGUCUUGUCGCAGCGUUGUACAAGAGCUUGUGACACGUGCCCCAGAAUUAGUAAGUCAUAUACCGGAAGCGUUGCUCUUGUUGAUUGCUGACGGUAAAAUACUCGAAGAGAGAACCGAGGACGUGAAAAGUUUGAGUCAUAUUCUCACCUGGGCACCGUGUUCACCAGUGACAGCGUUGUCGUUACUGGGUGCCAGACAGUAUCCCACACAUCCAGUCACGGUGCAGUAUGCUGUACGAGUGCUGAAAUCAUACCCACCCGAUGUUCUCCUCCAAUAUAUACCGCAGCUGGUUCAGGCGAUUCGUCAUGAUACGAUGGGCUAUGUGGCCGAACUGAUCGUAUGGUUGGCUGGUCAUUCACAGUUGCUUGCACAUCAGUUGUUGUGGAAUAUGCAGACAAAUCUGUAUAAGGACGAGGAUUCGAAGGAGAAAGAUGUGGACGUUUUUGAACCGCUCACGGAUCUCAUCAAUAAGAUCUUAUCACAACUGGAAGGUGCUGCGAAAAAGUUUUACGAAGCCGAAUUCACGUCGUUUAAACGUAUCACUGACAUUUCGGGAACGAUCAAGCCGUAUCCGAAGGGAGAAGCUCGCAAGAAGGCGUGUCUGAAAGCACUUGCUGAAAUACGAAUUGAUUCAGUCACAUAUCUGCCGUCCAAUCCUGAAGCGAUCGUAUUGGGUAUCGAUUAUAAGAGCGCAACACCAAUGCAAAGUGCGGCCAAAGCUCCGUUUCUCGCAAAAUUCAAAGUUCGUCGCUGUGGAGUACAAGAACUGGAACGUAUCGGUAUAGCGGCACACGAAGGUGGUCGAGCGUCAGCGGACGCCGAUAUUCACGUUCUGGCACAGUCCGAGGACAGUCGUGUUUGUUGGCAGUCGGCUAUUUUUAAGGUUGGAGACGAUGUGCGUCAAGACAUGCUCGCAUUGCAACUUAUGCGAAUAAUGCGUAAUAUAUUCGAGGCAGUUGAACUCGACGUUCGACUGUUCCCGUAUCGAGUUGUAGCCACGUCACCGGGCUGUGGUGUCAUUGAAUGCGUACCGAAUUCAAAGUCACGCGAUCAACUUGGACGUCAAACUGACUUCGGUCUUUACGAGUAUUUUCUAACAACGUACGGUGAUGAGAAUAGUGAGAAACUGCAUACGGCUCGUCGUAACUUCAUACGGAGUAUGGCAGCAUAUAGUGUUUUCAGCUUUUUGUUGCAAAUCAAGGAUCGUCACAAUGGAAAUAUUAUGAUUGACGACAAGGGGCACAUUGUACAUAUUGAUUUCGGAUUUAUGUUCGAGAGCAGUCCUGGUGGAAAUUUGGGUUUUGAACCAGACUUCAAACUAUCACAAGAGAUGGUCGCUAUCAUGGGCGGAAAAAUGGAGGCACCGAGUUUUCGUUUAUUCGCAUCGCUUUGUGUUCAAGCUUAUCUGGCAGUGCGACCCUAUCAAAAGUCGUUCAUAGCACUCGUAUCGCUGAUGCUCGACACGCGUCUGCCGUGUUUUCGUGGUAAGACCAUUCAACAGUUUCGUGAACGUUUUGCACCGCAUAGUUCAGAGCGAGACGCUGCUAAAUAUAUGAUGCAAAUCAUUCGGAAUUGCUUUUUGAACGUUCGCAGUAAGAUGUACGAUCAGUUACAGUACAUUCAAAAUGAAAUACCUUACUGA